AUGAGAGCUCUAAUAGUAGUUGAUGUGCAAAAUGAUUUCUUGCCAGGAGGUUCACUCGCUGUUCCUCAUGGUGAUGAGAUAGUUAAGCCGGUAAUUGACCUCAUUGAAGAUCCAACUGAAAAAUGGGACCAAGUGGUAAUGACAAGGGACUGGCACCCACAUAAUCACAUUUCAUUUGCCAAAUCACAUAACUUGGCAGAUUUCUCACCGAUUACCUAUGUUUCCCCGGUGGAAGGUGAUGAUCGAAAGAUAGAAGGAACGUUAUUUCCUGUGCACUGUGUAGAAGGAACUCGUGGGAGCCAAUUGGCACCAGAAAUGCUUGAAGAACAAAAAAAAAUUGGCUGCCUCAUAGUUAGUAAGGGUUACCUUCAAGACAGGGAGUACUUCUCUGCAUUUAACGAUAUCUGGGAUCAUCACAAGACUGAGCUGAAUAAUUAUUUACAUUGCCAUGGAAUUGACGAGGUCUACGUAGUUGGACUUGCCUUUGAAUAUUGCGUUAAGAGUACGGCUAUCAGUGCAUCGAAAUUGGGUUAUAAGACAACAAUUCUGCAGAAGUAUUCAAAAGGCUUCCUCUCUGACGAAAAAUCUAUGCAGGAAUUGAAACAGGAACUGGCUGAGAACAACGUUCAACUAGCAUAG